AUGUUUUCCAGAUCUGCGGCUCGCGCGGCUCAGCCGCUCAAGAAGCACGUCCGCCGCUAUGCCACUGAGGCUGGUGCUGCGGGAGGUUCCAACGCGCUGCUGUACGCUGCUGGCGCCGCCGGUCUGGCUGGUGCCGGCUACUGGUACUUCAGCGGAUCCUCCUCCCCUGCUGCCGAAGUAAAAAAGGUGGUCGUCGCUGAGCCCAAAAAGGCUUUCAUUGGUGGCGAACAAGGCUGGCUCUCCCUCAAGGUUUCCGAGGUUGAGACCAUCAACCACAACACCAAGCGUGUCCGCUUUGAGCUUCCUGAAAGCGACCAGGUCUCGGGUCUCCCCCUCACCAGCGCUGUCCUGACCAAGUUCAAGGCUGAGGGUGCUGAGAAGGCCACCCUCCGACCUUACACUCCUACCAGCUCUGAGGAUGAGCAGGGCUUCGUUGACCUUGUUGUCAAGAAGUACCCCGAUGGCCCCAUGAGCUCUCACAUCCACACCCUGGUCCCCGGCCAGACCCUCGACAUCAAGGGUCCUCUGCCCAAGUAUGAGUGGACCGCCAACAAGCACGAGCACGUUGCCCUCGUCGCUGGCGGCUCUGGCAUCACCCCCAUGUACCAGCUCCUCCGCGGCAUCUUCAAGAACCCCGAAGACAAGACCCAGGUCACCCUGAUCUUCGGCAACGUUACUGAGGAGGAUAUCCUUCUCAAGAACAAGUUCGACGAGCUCGAGAACACCUACCCCCAGCGCUUCCGUGCCUUUUACGUCCUGGACAAGCCCCCGGCCAGCUGGGCUGGCAACAGCGGCUUCAUCACCAAGGACCUCCUGAAGACUGUCCUCCCCGAGCCUAAGAGCGGCAACAUCAAGGUCUUCGUCUGCGGACCCCCCGGCCUGAUGAACGCCAUCUCUGGCAACAAGGUCAGCCCCAAGGACCAGGGCGAGCUGACUGGUGCUCUCAAGGAGCUCGGUUACUCGGCCGAGCAGGUGUUCAAGUUCUAA